UUUGGAGACGAUGGCUGAGCGCGAAGAAGAACCUGAAGUCACGGUGAUCAAUGAUCCUGCAUGCAGUAUUGGGAUCAAAACAACAUGGGGCUUUGGCAAUCAACUCUUUCUCUUUGCUGGCAAAGAAACUGACAAACUCUCAGAUCCAGAAGGUGCUACCGGUUUCAAGGGUGCCACACACAUAUAUGAGGUUGUGCGGGACACUGAUAUGCAUGAUCCUAUUACCAGAAAACUUGUCAACGAAUCACACAACAUAUUUCUGAAUCUGCAAAAGUUUGAACCAGAGUCUGCGGGAGCUUCCAAGAAACCUCAAUUGGUGAAGUUCAGUCGAAACUACAGAUGUGUUAUCAGAUCAUGUCUACAAGACCUCAUGGCAGCUGUAGAAACAUCCAUAGAGCCUCAAGUAAAACAAAAAUAUGAGGCACAGCUGCAGUUGUUUGACCUGACUGAGCUUGUCUGGAGCUUAUGUGAAAUCCUGUUUGUUGACACAUUGCCAGGGGGUGUAAUUGUGAUAAAACUGCUCGACUGGCUGAGGUGGCAUUUCACUGAUGGCGAGAGACAAGCACAGGAUGCUAUGAAAGAAGAUGUUCCUGAAGAAAAUGAGAAUUACUGGCAAUCUGUAUGGAGCUUUGUGUUACAAGGACGUAUAGAUGACGCCAGAAAGAUGCUGUCAGUUCACAGAUCGUAUGAUACUCCAGCCUUUCAGAGCAUUGAUGAACUAUUAAGAAAAAUGCCAAUAUUUACUUCAUUCACAGGCCAGUCUCUAGCUGAGUUUGAUAUGAAAUGGAGACACUGGAGAGACGAAUGUAGGCGGCGGCUUGAGGAAAAUGAAUAUGCAACAAACAAAAAUCUAAACACAAUUUGUAGGAUACUGAGUGGUGAUGAUGAUGUGUUCAUUGAAUUGAGAGAUGUAUGUGCAUCAUGGUAUCAUAUGAUGGUCUCUAAAUUACUAUAUCAGGACCCGACUGUUAAAAUACACGAUCUACAGUAUCACACACAGUCAUGCAUCAAUGCAUUUGGGGGAAACAGUCAGCUACAGCCCUCAGACAACAUCCUACUUGCUGCCAUAGAGUUUGAUAUUCCUCAGGUGAUCAACCUCAGCAGUACAUACAAAAGCAACUGGUGGUUUGUAGCCCAUCUUACAGACCUGCUGCAACAUUGUGGUCAGCUGGAAUCUCGUACACUCCACUUUGGGUCCAACUUAAGAGAGUACCUCAUACUAGAGUAUGCAUCAAGUCUCAUGUCUCACGACAGCCUGUGGCAGAUUGGUAUCAACUACUUGGACCACUGCCCGGAGUAUGGGAGACAAUACCUUGGGCAUUAUAUGGACAGCCUUCCCCUGGAUACAGAGAGAAAGGCUCAGAAAGCACUCAGGAUAUGUGAACAAAGAAAUCUUCAGGAACAAGGUCACAGCAUAUGUAAAGUUAUGGGAAUGCGGUCGCUACAUAAUGGUCGCCUAGGUUCAGCGUUGUCAUGGGGACUGAAGUCUAAAGAUGUUACAUUUGUAACAUUCAUAGCAGAGAGAUUCCUUGAUGAGUACACAGAGAAUGGUGGUUUUUCAAAUGUAGAUCUUAUAGACAACUUAGGCUCAGAGAUGUUACUUAGCAAUAGACUCACAUUCCUUGGUAAAUAUCGAGAGUUCCAUAAAUUGUAUGAAGAUGGAGACUUCAUUGCUGCGGCAUCCCUCCUCUUAUCUCUACUCAGCUCAAGGAUGGCACCUCGAAAGUUCUGGUUGACAUUACUGACUGAUGCUCUGCCACUAUUAGAGAGAGACCAAGUCGUAUUCAACAGUCAGCAAACCUAUGAGUUGAUGCAUUGUCUUGAAGAGUUGAACCUGGCACAGAGGUACUCUGAUAAACCCACAAGGGAUAUGCCAGAUGAUCCUAAAGCUGCAAAGGGACAGACUGAGCUAGAAAAGGAGAAAAGUGAACUUAUGAAGCUAGCCUUAGCUAGGAAUCUAGCAAGAGCCAUUGUAGAGGAAGGGAGUGAGAUCUAGCAAGGAAACUUAAAUGGGAAUAAAUAUCAUUUCUUGUCAUACGUCAUACUCAUACAUACAUGUAUAUGUCUGUGUUUCAUUCAGUGGACCCUGACAUUGGAAUCUGAAGAAUAUUGCUCAGUGCGAAAGUCACUGCAGAUUGGAAUACUAUUAUACUUACAUUGUACUGCCUGGGAACAACAUUACAAUAGGUUGAUAUGAAUUAGUGUUCAUGAUUGGAGACUUAAGAUUUGUAUUUUACCCUCGUACAAGUAGAACACUAUGAGGAAUGGAACCCAUUGUAAAUGCUGCAAUAUUAGUCACAUUAUACAUUGAAUACCUUCUUGUGAAUCUUACCAACUGUCACUAAAAUUACUAUACUUUGUACAAUGUGCAUCCCUAUCAGCUUAUAUAAACAGACAUGGUGUUGAAGCAUGUAGCUAGGAAUAUCAUCAUAAUUUGAUAUGAGUAGUAAGAUACAUAAAUAGGCUGAGCAGUAUUCACUUUAAACAAGUUAACUAUACAAUUAAACCUGUGAACAUUCUAUGCCUGUUUUAGUAUCUCAGUAUAUCUGAAGUGUUUGUAUUUUGUUAACAUGCUAAAAUGAAUGUUGCUGGCCUAGGCUAACAGUGCUCAAAUUAAGGGAGUAGAAGGGGUAGAGACUAUUCCCCUUAAAAUCUCAAUUUUACAUUUUUUGAAAAAUGAAAUGAGAUAUCUGAUUCAAAGUGGACGUAUUUUUGAAGAUUUAAGAUCUAGAAAAUUCAAUAGAAUUGGAAACAGAAUGUCUAGUUUUCAGUUAACUGGUCUCCCUUUUAUACUCCCUUUAAUGCCAAAGUCACAUUUGCUCCAAUUUUUAAUCUGGCAACCUGCCUAUUGAGUACUUUGUUCAAAAUUGCAUUCAGUUU